AUUGGCGGAAAGUAAAAUAAUGAGUCAGCUGUCUCUGUACUUUCAACCCCACGUACUCGAAUCUGUCGCCCAACUUCGGCUUGUUUCCAUGAAUAGAUUCUGAUACAAAACGCCGUGACCGCGAGCUCUGCAGUAAGAACCACAUCAGAGUUUUGUCAGCAUUCCGCCAGCGUUUGCAGUUUAUCUACUCUUCGGCGCAAUAGUUAAAAAAAGUAAAGAAAAUGAGCUUACAGUGGACUUUGAUCGCCGGUUUCCUCUACAUCGAAAUUGUGGUGGUGUUGUUAUUGGUUCUGCCAAUUGCAAGUCCAAAAAGAUGGAAUAGUCUCUUCAAGUCCAGAUUCCUGCAGGGCCUGCAAGCACAGGCAGGCAUUUAUUUUAUGAUUCUGCUGGCUGUGUUGGUGUUAUUCUUGUUGGACGCAAUUCGUGAGAUGAGAAAAUAUUCGCACCAUGGUGAUGGAGAACACAAACAUUUGGAUGCUGAAAUGCAAGAGAAUAUGAGGCUUUUUAGAGCACAGAGGAACUUUUACAUUUCUGGUUUUGCUUUGUUCCUGUCACUUGUGAUUCGUCGUCUUGUCAGCUUGAUUUCAUCCCAGGCUGGACUUCUUGCCCAAUCUGAGGCUGCUCUCAAACAAGCUGCUGGUGCGUCCAGCGCCGCUCGUGCAUUUAUGAAAGAUGCAAAUGAACCCAACAAAGAAGUUGAUAACUUGAAGAAACAAGUCAAGGAACUUGAAGCUGAGCUGAUCUUGGAGGCCAAGGAUAAAAAGGCCUUAAAAUCACAGGCAGAAAAUCUCACAAAGGAAUAUGACAGGUUGUGUGAGGAGCACAGCAAGUUACAAAAACAAGUAACAGUCUCAGGCAAAGGAGACAAGAAGGAUGAUUAGACUGAAACUUAAAUAUACUCCAUUUUCAAAUUUUCAAACAUGAUAUUCAAUAAUAACUCUCUACAACUCACAAAAUAUACCGGCUUCUUUAACCCGCAUCAAAAUAAUUUAUUUCUUAGAUGUGGCAAGUGUACUUUUCUAAUGACUGGUGAAUGGGAUGUGAUUGAGAGUAUUUUCAUGUAGUUUAGCGGAUAUCAAAAUAAAUAUUGUUAAUAAUU